AUGGAGUCGGACGAUUCCGUCGGCAUCCAGCGAAUGUCUCUAGGCCCAAGUGGUACAACACGUCUACGCGAUCGAGUCGAGUCGGUGAAGCUGAACUCGCGAUCGAAGGCCACAGUUGCUAAAGAGCAGAUGACGACUAUUUCGCAAGGACUACUGCAGACAUACCUCGAUGAGGCCAUGGAACGUUUUUGCCAAGAUCAACGGGAAUGA